ACUUCAAAGUAGUAAACAUCAAAGCGAAAACAAUGUACAGCAAGGAAAUGUUGAUCCGACUGAAGGAACAGCCAAUAUGUUGGAAGGAACCCGCGUCUAUUGAGAAACUCGUCGAGUUCCGUAUACUCCGACCGAUGGCGUACGGAAGAGCUCCAACAAGGGAAUUUGUGCCACGUACGUUCGACUCGAGGUCAAGAGUGGAAACGGCAAGACGGAGAGUCGUUCAUUAUCAAAUACCGAAAGGAGACGCGAGCGAUCUUAAAACAUGCAGUAACCCAUGGACUCCAUCGUGUCUGAAAGGCAAACGAGCACACUGUCAGACGUCCAACUAUGAUGAAGCACAAACAGAAGAGAUCGAGAAAAAAUUUCGAUCUAUUCUGAACAAAAUCACUCCUGAAAACAUGGUUCCAUUGACGAAUAGCAUUUUAUCGUUGUCAAUUAAUACUGAUCAUCGCCUGAAGAAAGUUAUUGAUAUUUUAUUUCAAAAGGCUAUAAACGAGCCACAUUUCACUCCUCAGUAUGCGUAUAUCUGCAUGGAAAUGAACAACAAAGAUAUCAAUGCAAAAGUGAAGACAACCACUUCAUCAUUCAAAACAUUAAUAAUAUUGUGCUGCGAAGAUAGAUUUAAUUCCAUGCACGUCCACGAACAGGAAUUGACCAAAAGUCUUAAAGAAAUAAAAGAUUGCAAAGAUCAAGACGACAAGGAAAAAAUGCAAUCGAAGUACGACCGAGACGAAAAGAUUCACAGAGAGAGAUCGGUGGGAAAUUGCAGAUUCAUGUGUGAACUUUAUAAAGUAAAAAUAUUGUCGAACCAAACGUUAGAGAUGUGUAUAAAACACCUUUUAAUGUCCCCGAAAGAAGAAACACUGGAAUGCGCGUGUAACAUACUAAAACAAAUCGGGAAAACGUUAAACCAUAAAGUCACGUUUGAAGUACUAAACGAGUACAUGUCGUUGGCGUACAAAACAAAGAUACCAACGAGAAUACGGUUUAUGAUAUUAGACACGAUAGAAUUAAAGGACAACAAUUGGAUACCUCGGAAACAUAGAACCGUACAGAAAUCCUGUGACACGAAAACACCUGAAAACAACCAUUCCGAAACUGUGAAAUACACAUCCAUGCUAUCAAUGAACUAUGGGCCUCCUAAAAAUGAUGGACAUAUAGACACAAGUGAUUCCAGUCGUCCUCUAUUGUCAACGAGAACAAGCGAUGUAGUAGCACAUGAAGUCUCUCCGAUGUCCUUAUGUUUUAAAACAGAGACAAAAAACUACUAA